AUGCCCGCUCUCAGCGAUACAGAAAUGGGUGGCACCAUCGACGCAAUUAACGACUUCCCCAUUGACGUACCCUAUCAUGACCGUGAUGACCUUGAAAAGAAAUUGGUGAGGAAGCUUGAUUUACGUAUGUCCGUGAUAAUGGUUUUGUAUACUCUGAACAUGAUCGACAGAUCAAACGUUGGCAAUGCUCGGCUACAAGGAUUUGAGAAAGACCUGCACCUAGAGGGGCAGCAAUACGCCACGGUCUUGUCCAUCCUAUAUAUUGGAUUCAUCAUCAUAGAAGUGCCAGGGAACAUGUUUCUGCACUGGCUGGAGAGACCUUCUAUCUUUAUUCCGUCUUGUAUGAUAGUAUGGGGUGGAAUAUCAGUAUUGAUUGAUCCAAGUUAUACCGAAGUUUUAGUCGCCCGUCUCUUUCUUGGCUUUGCCGAAGGGCCCUUCCUCCCUGGUGCCCUAUUUCUUAUAUCUGGAUGGUACAAGCGGGACGAGCUCGCCACGAGAACAGCUCUCAUUUCCUCUGGAAUUUUAUUCAGCGCUGCGUUCGGAUCCCUUUUUGCAUCUGGUAUACUUGGCAGUAUGCAAGGCAAACUUGGUCAAGCUGCAUGGAGAUGGCUAUUUUAUAUUGAAGGGGGCAUCACCAUCUUAGUCGCGAUUUGCGCGAUAUUCAUACUCCCUGAUUUCCCGCACAAUACCAGGUGGCUCACUCCAGAGGAAAGAGCUCUUGCCAUCUCUCGCCUUGAAGAAGAUGGCUUUGGUAAGUUUGGGAAACAAACGACCGUGCAAGGACUGUGGGAUGCCGUGUCUGACUGGAAGGUGUGGUGGUUUUCGGUUGCGUUCAUGUUCCAGUACAUAGCGCAGUGUUUCUUCGCUUACUUCCCAACGCUAUGCGCAACACUGGGAUAUGACACGACUACAACAUUGCUACUCUGCGCUCCUCCGUGGGCGUUCGCGGCUAUAGCGGCAUUUGCUCUUACAUGGUACUCUGACAAGAAGCAGAAACGUUACAAAUAUUAUGUUGCCUCCAAUGCACUCGGUGCCUUUGCAUACAUCAUAUCGAUGUUUACAAUGAACAAAGCUGCGCGCUAUAUUUCGAUGUUCCUGAUGGCUCAACUCAUCGCUGGAUAUCUGGUGCUAUGGGGGUGGGCCAACAACACUUUCGCCAGAGAACCUGCGAAGCGAGCUGUUGCUAUUGCUUUGAUGAACGGAAUGGGGCAGAUAGGCAAUAUUGCUGGAUCGUACGCAUGGCCGCUGAACUGGGGCCCAACAUAUCGUUAUUCCUAUGUCGUCAGCAUCGCAGCAAUGGGGGUUUCCACAGCCAUGUUUGGUGGGAUGUAUUUAUAUCUGAAGCAUCUGAAUGAGCAGAUUGAGAUAAACGAGCGGAAUGAGAAGGAUAUUAGAGAGCUUCAGGUCCCGAUUGGUUUUAGAUAUUUGGUGUAGUAGAUUGUUUCUGGC